AUGCAUGCUCACGCUCAGACCGAGCCCCCCUUCGAGAUCGAGCCUAUAGCCACAUUCGAUCAGCCUUGGGCGCUGGUCUUCCUGCCAGAUGGUCGAAUGCUGCUAACCGAGAAGAAAGGAACUGUUCGGUAUGUGGCACAGUCGGGAGAGUAUUCCAGCCCGUUUCGCGGGCUACCGGAUGUGGACUAUGCUGGCCAAGGUGGGCUGGGUGACAUCGCACUUCACCCAGAUUUUUCAGAGAACCAACUAAUCUACUUAAGCUACGUCGAGAAUGGCGUCGGUGGAACGCGUGGCGCAGCAGUCGCCCGAGGGGUGCUGACACCCACCCGGCGCAGCGCCAUACUGACUGACGUAGAGGUUAUCUGGCGUCAGUAUCCGAAGGUACUCGGCUAUGGUCACUACGGUCAUCGUUUGUUGUUCGAUUCGCAAGGCGAUUUGUGGAUUUCCUCCGGAGACCGGCAAAAGUUCACUCCAGCCCAAGAUAUGCAAUCCAACAUUGGCAAGAUUGUCCGUAUACACGACGAUGGCUCGAUCCCCGAAGACAACCCGUUUGUGAAGUACGAUGCCCAGGAUGCAUUGGUUGACGAUGAUGGCAUCUACAACCAGAUUUGGUCAUUGGGCCAUCGCAACCCGUUGGGAUUGGCGUUUGACCAACGGGGCCAACUGUGGAGCGUGGAAAUGGGCCCCGCUGGCGGCGACGAGUUGAACCGCAUUCAGCGCGGGAUGAACUAUGGCUACCCGGUCGUUUCAAAUGGCGAGCACUACGAUGGCCGCGCUAUGCCAGAUCACGAUACCCGUCCCGAGUUCGAGCGACCAUCUGUUUGGUGGACGCCCACGAUAUCUCCCGGCCAUAUGACCGUGUACCGAGGAAACCUGUUCAACAACUGGAAGGGUGACGCACUAAUUUCUGGACUGAGUUCACGCGCUAUUGUGCGUAUCGAUCUCAAUGGUGAUAGCGCCCGGGAAGUUGCCCGUUACGACAUGGGCGCACGUAUCCGUAGCGUGGUCGAAGGCCCCGAGGGAGCGCUAUGGGUUUUAGAAGAUGAGUUGGGCGAUAGUCAGGGACGCUUGCUCAAGCUGACCCCGAAAUAG